AUGGUGGAAGAGGUGAUGGUGGUGAAGGAUCAUAUAAUCCACAACGGCGGUAGUGGAAGAAAAAACAGUGGAGAUGAUGACAAAAAUGAUGGAAGCACGGAUAGUUUUAUUUUCUUUGGUUACUUCUUUUUCCAGAUUGCCCCUCCUUCUCCAGUUGCCAUUAUCGGGCCUCCAGAGAUGGUGGAAAGUUCCGGUGGCAAUCAUGCAACAAUGAUGAUAUCCAACAACGGUCUUCCUCAUCAGCGGAUGGACGAUGAUCAGGCUCCUGAAGAUCACAACAUUAUUGAUCUAAACGUCGUUCCUUCAUCUCCAAAAACAAGGGAAGAUGAGGUAUCAAACAUUAUUGGAACCUUAAGAACGGGCAGAUACAAUGAAGGGGUCAUAAUUCAAAUGGAAAGUGAAGAAAACAAUCUUGACGAUGGUUAUAGCUGGAAAAAAUAUGGUCAGAGACUCAUCAUGGGGAACCAAAAUACGAGGAGUUACUACAAAUGCACAUUCGCUGGGUGCGAUGUGAAGAAGCAUGUGGAGAGAAGAGCAGACAAUGUGAAGUUAUUGGUGAUUACAUACUAUGGGAAUCAUGAGCACGAUGCACCAGUUCAACGCAGAAAGUGUUACUCUCUAAAGAAGAGGUCAGGUUCUUCAAUGUUUCAAGAUGCUAGCAAUCGAACCCCUCGUGUCAACAGCUCAGAAGGGGAAACAGUUUGAUUGUAUCAAUCAUAUAGUCAUAUUAUACUUCAUUAAUAGAUUCGUAUGUAACAUGCCUGAUUAUAUCCAUCUUCCUUGAUGUCAAGCCAUUAAGUAUUUGGGAUUAGCUAUGAUAUUUUUCUUUACAAGAAGUGUGUGAAGCCUUAAGUUUCAAGCCUUUGACUUGCUUUCCGAAUAAGCGAGAAAGUGUGAAAUUGAAUUGGGUUUAAUAUUCUUUUUAUGCUUUGCAGUACUUAGUUAUAUUUUACUUGCCAGAAACUCUCAAAUUUCUAUGGUUACAGCCACUACUUGAGUCUGACUAACAGAUUCAAAGUCGCUAGAUAUAACUCAAAUACAUUUAAUGUUUUUUUCGUUUCUUAUCUAUCAAGACAUUAAUUGUCUAUACAUAUAAUGGAUCAUAUUUUUAAAGAAAAGGAAUCAUUUUGAAGAAAGUUUUUUGUUGUUGAUUUCUAGACAUAUAUAUAUAUAUAUAUAUAUAUAUAUAGUGUUUCUUUCCAUGUGUCUCUAUUUUUAUAUAUUGUAUUAGUCUAAUAGGUUUGAUCUGUAUUACAUUUGAAUUCCUUGUAUUAUAACCAGAGCCAGCAUGAGCUCAUUGGGUUGAAACAUUUUAAUGAGACUCUAUCAUAUUUAACAGUCCCAAAUUGUUGCAAAACAUUAUAUUUAUAUAUUAGUUUGUAGAAAUAAUGAAUUAACAUGAUAUAUAUG